AUGCUAUGCCAACGCUGCAGAACGAGCCUCCUCAGCCGUCUUCCUUUCCGCCAACAAGGCUCUACCUCCCUCCAGGCAUCUCGAUGCACAACUCUCGUCCCAUACAGACAGAGUCUUCGCCAUUAUAGCGCACCUGCUUCCGGUAACCCUUCAUCACCCCAGUCAUCGUCUACCCCAUCAGUUGCCCUCCCAUCAGUUGCCCUCCCAUCAGUUGCGCCUCCGUCCUUAAGUGCACCCGUGACACUUACGAGAAAUGAGCCAUCGCGUGUUAUGAGCGGCACCCCGGCAGGUACCAAACUUAAAGGCAUAAACUACAUGAAAAAUAAACCCGAGGUUUUUGCCCUGGAAGAUCAUGAAUAUCCGGAUUGGCUGUGGGGCCUGCUUGACGAGGCAAAGGCAAGGUCAAAAGCGGACGGAAGCGCACAUCUUUCCAUCAUGAAUAAAAAGCAACGUCUCCGUCACGAAAGAAAGAUGGCAGCUCUUGCAGCUUCUCAACCACGUAAAAUUCCACUUCAUGAACAAGCUAUCGAUAUCACUCCAGCAGACGCAGUCCCGCAAGCCCAAUCCCCGGAAUUCCUAGAAACGGCGAAAUCCAGCAUCGAUACACGCUCGCAAAUCACCAAGAGUGCUAGGGAGGCCCGACGAAAGAGCAUCAAGGAAGCUAACUUCCUACGCGGAAUGUAG